GCAUUGGAGCUAUUUAGUUGACGUUUUAUAUUUACAUUAUGAUUUGGUAGAACAGCUAGAAUAACUAAGUUGCUGCUGCUAUUAAGUUGUAGAGGCAGACCGUCCAAGUUUGCUCACUAAUGAGCUGUGUUUUGCGUUUAGCUAACGUUAGCUAGAUAGCCUAGCAGGGUGGUUAGUGCAACCUCUUGGUUGAAUAUCAAACAUUUGCAUUUCUUCCCUGCGUAAUUGACGUUAAUAUACAAAUAUUUUGUAAAUUUGCAGUUCUGGAAACCGGAUACCAAGGAUGUCAGGAAGUUUUUACUUUGUCAUGGUUGGUCACCAUGAUAAUCCUGUCUUUGAAAUGGAGUUUCUGCCAGCUGGGAAAUCGGAAUCAAAGGAUGACCACCGUCACCUGAACCAGUUCAUCGCUCACGCGGCUUUGGACUUGGUGGAUGAGAAUAUGUGGCUGUCCAACAACAUGUACCUGAAAACCGUGGACAAGUUCAACGAGUGGUUCGUCUCCGCUUUUGUCACUGCUGGACAUAUGAGGCUUAUCAUGCUCCAUGAUGUAAGGCAAGAGGACGGAAUUAAAAACUUUUUCAACGAUGUGUAUGAUUUAUAUAUAAAGUUUGCUAUGAAUCCCUUUUAUGAGCCGAACGCUCCGAUCCGCUCCACCGCCUUCGACAGGAAAGUACAAUUUCUAGGCAAGAAGCACCUCUUGAGCUGAUCCAAGACGUGGGGAACCCAAUGGAACCCAACAGAACCCAACAGAACCCAGCAGAACCCAGCAGAACUGAGAACACUGCAGUGGACUCUUAUCUGCUCACUUUUUCUUUUUUCUUUUUCCUUUUUACUCCAUUGAGCCCAACUUCCUGUAUGCACAGGAAAGUCCUGUUAAUAAACCAGCUAUUUUCCUCUGCAGUACAGCGUAAAGUGCUUUUGGCUGUUAAAUAGUGAGACAUUUCAGUUGUGCACUUUUGUCGUGCGCAAACAGCACAAGCUCAGUAGCAAAUACUGUAAAAGUCAGGAAAAAGACACUAUUAACUCUGCUGUGCCUGUAAAACUGAAUAUGUCUUUGAGUUGAGUGAAAACACUUUAUUAACCAGGGAAAUUAAGGCGUUAUUGCUUAUGCUUGCAGUUCUUGUUGCAGGUAUGUUUCGUAAGAACAAGAAAUCCAGCUAUGUCAGGAGGUGCACUUUCAUGUAAUUAAAAUACAUUUUCACUUCAACUUUCUGGGAAAUAUUUGGGCAUUUUGUUGAACAGGCCCAGCUGUAUAUUUCACCAUAUAUUUAUAGCUGUAUAUUUCACUAUAUACUUCCCUCCCAUGCAUACUGUAUAUAGCAUCUAGGAAAAGUCCAGACAAUAUAUGGAAAAAAAAACUAAGAAUGUCCCUGUUUUGUGGUGCAUCUUUUGUGAGAAUCUCAGUGAUGAAGCAUUAUUUAUUAAUACAAGAUUAUGCUGUGUAUGCUUGCUACCUAAAAGAAGUUAAAAUAAAUUGUGGAAUUCAAUUCUCAAUAAAAUUGAAUUAAAUUUGACUUAUUAAAUACACUUGGGAAAUUGAGUACUCAUUAAAAAUAAAUGAUGUAUUUCACACUGUG